AUGGUCCACAAACACGCCUCAACCCUGCUUGGCUCCAGAGCCGCUUUUAGGCCAUCCCACGAAGGCGGGGCCUUGGGGGCCCUUUGCAGCACAGCAGCUUCCACAGCAGCAGCAGCAGCAGCAGCAGCAGCAGCAGCAUCUGCUGCUGCUGCUGCUGCUGCUGCUUCUCAGCAGAAACUUGUGCUGCGGCAGCAGCAAGCGAACUCAGAGGCGUUUCGUCUUCCGCGUCGCCUUCCCGUCUGGCGCCAGUCUCUCUUCCAGCAGCAGGCGCUGCAGCAGCAGCAGCAGCAGCAGCAGCAGCAGCAGCAGCAGCGGGGUUUUUCGUUUGUGCAGCCGCACUGCGUGCGGCGGGCGCUGCCGGCGAGUGCAGCAGCAAUUGGCAGCAGCAGCCCUGCAGCACUUUGCUGCUUGCUGCGAGCAGCAGCAGCAAAAGGAUUGAAGUCUGGGGCUUUUUGGCGAGAAGCAGAAAGGCGGCUGCUGUUCCUGGCCAACUCGCUGUCUCCUGCUGCUGCUGCUGCUGCUGCUGCUGCGCUCGCCACGGCCAGGCGCAGCAACCCGCUGCUGCUGCAGCGCCUCGAGCUCCGGGCCAUCGAGACCAAAAAUGUAACUAAAUCCUAA